GAAUACCUAACACUCUGUAAGCAUCACGCGACGGUAAUAGACUGAUACACAUACUUAACCAGGAAUCACAUACACACAUUGUAUAGGAUUUGUCUGUAAUGAUGUGGGCGGUUAUACUUAUGAUUUCGGCAGUACAUCUACAUGGUUCUUUAGCAGACCCACGAUGCCCUCCCAACAUGAAUGGAUUCGGUGGUGUUUGUGCUUUUAUGUGUGGCAGUGGAGGAUGUGAUUCCGGUAAAAUAUGCUGUCCAACAGCGUGCGGAGGAACUACUUGUCAAACUCCUCGUGCACCUCCGGCUCCGCAGCCCCUUCCCAGCCCCUGUCCUCCGGGCGUGCCCAUGGCAUCCUGCUCUCAUCUUCCAUGUGACAAAGAGAGUUGCCCGAACUACCCAUACGCCAAAUGUGUGAACAAUUACUGCGGUGGUUGUAAUGCAAAGUUCUACCUAAAGGGAAAAGAAGUGACGAAAACCUGUACGAAAACAUCACCUAUAAAGCCCCACUUACCAUCGCCUUGCAAGAAAGGAGUACACAUGGUGCAAUGCUUCGCCAACCCUUGUGAUGUACAACAGUGUCCCAGUCUGCCACAUGCUGCGUGUGUAUCUGACUACUGUGGAGGCUGCAACGCCAGGUUUUAUAUUAACAAUGAAGAAGUAACAGGAAUGUGCAGGAGCGGACGGCGUCCUAUCGGUAUCCGGCGCCUUUAUGGUUAAACGCGACUUCCCAUGCCACUGAUACAGGGCAAACAACUAAUAUGUAGAGAACUGUUUAUGGUGUCUUCUUCUCCUUUAGUUAUCCAAUCCUCUUUCAAUCAUUACGGACUGAUAUGUCGUGUUGAAUUACAUGGGAUUCAUGAGUGUGGUGCAAAAUAGCUUUAUCACAGGAGUUCAAACUAAAUCAGUUUGAGAAAUAGCGUUAUAUUUUCAAAGACCAUGGUUCAAAUAUCGGCCUUUCUCCGCUCUUUCUACAUUAAAGAACACUGCUAUUGAUUAUA